ACAAAAACCAACUCAACCAAGAAUUAACCCAACAAAAACAAACUUACGGAGAUUUAACCUUAGAAAACAAAAAACAAAGCAAAAAUAUCCAAGAACUCAGCCAAGCCAAGGAAGAGUUAACUAAUGACCUCAACCAAGCCCAACAAGAAAUUAAAAACCUUACUCAGCAAAACCAAGCCAAAGAAACCAAAAUUAACGAACUAACAGCUUGA